AUGGAAGUCGGUAUCAUCGGCUCGGGAAUCAUUGGCCUCUUAUCCGCUUUGACUCUCACCGAUGCUGGCUACAAAGUGACCAUUGUUGCGCGCGACCUGCCAGGAGAUGAAAGCCAAGACUGGGCAAGCCCUUGGGCCGGAGCAUCGAUUUGCCCUCAUCCAGACGUCGGCGGCAAUUCUCUCCAAACGGAGAAUUUCAAAUUCUUCUGGGCAUUGGCGCACAGAGACCCCACGAGCGGUGUUCAAGUACUUAAAGUGACGGAAUACUACGACGACCGAGAUGAUGACUCAACGAUCUGGUACAAGACCAUUGUGCCGCACUAUCGCCGAAUUUCCACAGACCAACUACCAGAAGGAGCCAAAAUAGGUUUCACAUACACUUCUAUGACCAUCAAUCCAACUUUUCUCCUGCCAUGGCUCAAGCAAAAGCUGGAAGCCCGUGGUGUGAAAUUCAUCCGCAAGACACUAGCCUCUAUCGAAGAGGCCAGAGCAAUCACCGGGUCUAAGAUUGUCGUGCACGCGUCGGGCCUCGGCGCGUUUACUCUCGCCGGUGACAAGGACGUGGAGGCGAUUCGUGGGCAGACGAUGUUUACGGAGACGGACUAUGCAGAGUCAAAGAUGCAUCAAGGCUCUCAUUAUACUUACGUGAUUCCGCGGAUGUUCACGAAGGGUGCGAUCAUUGGAGGCGUGAGCCAGCCUGGCAAUUUGGACCGCAGUGUGGAUGAGACUCUCCGUCCGGAUAUUCUCAGACGAGUGAAGAAGCUUACUAACGGGGAGCUUGAUCCGCUGACCCUGGAAAACAAUGUACAGAAGGACAUUGUGGCUUUCCGGCCGGGAAGAAAGGGAGGAUAUCGUCUGGAAGUUGAGGGAGAUACGGUGCAUGCGUAUGGAUUUGCAGGUCUAGGUUAUAUCUUUAGCUAUGGGGUGGCCACGAAAGUUAGGGAGUUGGUUGAUUCGAUAGGAAAGAGGGAUGCAGGUCAAAGAAGCCGUCUCUGA